GGCCUUUUGCCUCAGGCAAUGAUUUUUCAACGCAUGAGCUAUUUUAGGGAAAAGCAACAAUUAUAGAACCAGUCAGAUUUUUCGCUUUCGCGUGUGUGCAUGUAGUUGUUUUUGUUGUAUGUGUCAAACCACUUCUGUUGUGAUUCUUAAUUUGAGUAAGAGGCUUUUUGUCGGCUCUUCAAAAAGUUGUGUUUCUGGUUGGACCAGACCAGACCACCCCGUGUCGCAGUUGGGUGUCAAGCGCGCAGGUUGAUACACAUGAUAGGCAGCAAGAUGGCGGCAGGGAGGGGGUUAGGAGCGAGACCCGGACGUUUCUUCGCUAUCACCGCUCUCCUACUGACGGUUGGAUGCUCCAUCGUUGCCGCAGGAAGUUCUGAUGCACCAUAUCUGCUGGUGGCCAAUGCCUCUACUGUGAGCAAAGUCAGCCUGGAAAAUGGAUACGUGCUAGACGUGCUACUCUCCGGGGAUGAUAUCCAGCGUGCAGUGGCAGUUGGUGUAGACAUAGAAGACAACUGGCUGUUCUGGACGGAUGUGAACUAUGAUAGACGGGGCCUGUACCGGGCUCGACUAGAUGGUACAGGAGUGGAGCUUCUCGCAUCAGAAGAUAUCUAUGAGCCCAAUGGUGUGGGAGUUGACUGGAAGGCCAACAACAUCUACUUGACUGAUGCCCAACAGGGGACAAUUGAGGUGAUCAAGUAUGAUGGCAGCAGCAAGAAGACAGUCAUCACUGGUUUGGACAUCCCAAGAGGCAUUGCUGUGGAUCCAGCCAAUGGGUACUUGUACUGGGGAGACCAGGGGAAGAAGACCAUCGAGCGUUCACGUAUGGAUGGGUCAGACAGGGAGGUUCUAGUGAGUGAUGGACUCUUCUGGCCAAACGAGAUGGUCGUUGAUUACAGGAACAAGAAGCUGUACUGGGUAGAUGGCUACACCCGACUGCUGGAGUCGUACGACCUGCAGUACAAAACUCACCGCCAGGUGGCCAACAUCACCAACGUGGUGGGGAACAGUGUGUCCUUCGGCCUGGCUCUUCACUAUGACAAGUUGUACUUCACAGUGUGGGAUGAAGGGGCUGUGUACUCCAUCCCGACCAGUGGCAGUGGAGAGCCCACCCUGCUGCUACAGGGGCUGGGUGACCGACCUUUUGGUCUGCAGGCAGUGGACAGUAAUACACAGAACACACUCGAAGUGGGUGCUUGUGGAGACAACAAUGGGCAGUGCAGUCACUUGUGCCUCCCCACGGGUCGCUACAGCUACAAGUGUGCCUGUCCCAGCUACGGUGGGAUGACCCUGGGAUCUGAUAGGAGAACUUGUGAAGAACCCUCCAAAUUCCUGCUGUAUGCUGCUGGUGACACUGGACAUGUCAUGAUGCUGUCCAUGGAUGCCGAUGCUGGGCAGCGACCGGUCAUCGUAGCACGGGGGGUGCGACCAGUGGCCGUAGAGUACGACCCAGUGGAGAAGAGGGUGUACUACAGUGAUAAUGGGAUGUUCCGAAUCUGCAGAGUGUUCCUCAACGGCACAGGCUUUGAGGUGUUCCUGGAUGCUGGCAUUGGUGUUGUCGAUGGCAUGACUCUGGACUGGCGUACCAGGAAGCUUUACUUCACUAACAUGGGAACACACUACUGGGGCGGAGGGUCUCCAUGGCAACGGGUGGAGAUGGUCAGUCUGGACGGCAAGCAGAGGAGGAGGAUCGUGGAGAAGUCUUUGGACAAGCCUCGAGCCCUGGUGGUGGACACUGAGAGGGGAUUCUUGUAUUACUCUGACUGGGGAGAAGCUGCCAAGGUGGUGAAAGUUGAGCUGGACGGUUCCAACCCUGUAGUGAUGAACCACAACGGGAUGCACAACCCCAACGGCCUGGCCCUGAGCGACGGGCAGCUCUACAUCCUGGACUCGCACGCCCGUCUGGACGUGGUGACGGAGAACGGCACCCAGCUGGCCCCGGGAAGCCUGGACAAGAUUGACCUGGACGACCAGGACAUCAGGAACACUAAUGAUGGUCUGGGCUUGCAGACCCCAUUUGGCAUCUCUGUGAAGGGGAACCAGAUUUUCAUCAGUGAUUGGGGCACCAGUGCUAUCCACCUCAUCAACGCAGCCACCAAUCAGAAGUCAACGCUUGUCACCGACAUCGGCUCACCAAUGGGGGUGAAGUACGCGGAACGUGAUGCUGCACCGGUACAGAACCCCUGCCGGGGUCACGACUGUAGCGACAUCUGCGUACCAACUCCAGACCAGGCAUUCCGCUGCCUGUGUCCUGACAUAGGAGGCAAGGUGCUGGAUGACGAUGGAAAGACCUGCAGGAGACCAAGCAAGUUCCUGCUGUUUGCUGACUAUGCUGAGAUCCGUAUGCUAGGCAUGGACACCCAGGACAGCUAUGCCUACCCUGUGGUGCAGAGGCACGAGUACUUCACCAACCUGGUGGCCGUGACCUAUGAUGCAAGGGAAGAAUACGUCUACUUCAGCAAUGUGGACAGUGGUAUGAUCAUGAAGGUUCACCUGAAUGGCACGGGUGCCGCUGUGGUGUACUCCAUGGCUGAUGUGGUGGAUGGCCUGGCCAUCGAUCCCGUGGCACGAAACCUGUACUGGACAGACUACACCAGCGGGACUGUGGAGAUGAUGCCUCUGGAUGGGAACGUGUCCUCCCACGUGGAGCUCAUCAGUGGUCUGGACAAACCCAGGGCCAUCGGCUUGGAUCCAAACCAACGCUACCUGUUCUGGAGUGACUGGGGUGAGAAUGCGACCAUCUGGCGUGCAGACAUGGACGGUUCCAACAAGAAUGCUCUCAUCGAUGAAGAACUGCAGUGGCCCAACGGAAUCGCUCUGGACUCUGUCAGGGAGAGAGUCUUCUUUGCUGAUGGGCACUCUGCUCAGGAGAAGAUAGAAUACACAGAUUACAGAGGUGUGAACAGAACAGAGCUGGUCCACCUGACGGACACCCACGUGGACCAGGUGUUUGGGCUGACCAUGCAUGACAACACCCUCUUCUACUCUGACUGGGUCAGCAAAGGGAUCCACCUGACUAACCUGGACAGUGGCAUCACCCAGACACUGGUGGAGGGGCUGACCCGACCCACCCAGCUGUACCUGCACCACCCUCAACCGUAUCCUGAGAAUGAAUGUACUGCGUAUGGGUGCAGUGACAUGGCCAUCCCUGUGCCUGGUGGCUGCCAUUGUAAGUGCAGAGUGGGGAGGAAGUUACGGGCAGAUGACAAGACAUGUGAAACAGCCCCUGAACCCUGGGUGCGUGUGGAGUCGUGGAGGUGUGCCCAGACCUGCCAUGAACAGGCUUACUGUGCUGUGGACGUCAGCAACCCCACCGUCUACAGAUGUGUCUGCAAGGCUGGUUACCAAGGAAACGGUUUCCAAGGCAGCGGUUGCACAGCAUGUGAUUUUGGGUACUACAAGUCCGUGCUACGACCAGGACAGUGUACGCGGUGCCCCGACGGUGUGUCGUCCACUGCUGCCAGGACCAGCUGUGUUUGCCGCGGUGGUCUGCAGUGGUACAUGGGUGAAUGUACCUCUAAUGUACCUGAGGUGACGGCCAGGCCUACUACACCACUACGCUUCCCAGGCACCAUGCCACGCUUUGAAAGUUGCCCCGACACUCACAGCUGGCAGCUACCCGAGGAUGCCAACUACGUGACCUGGGACAUCCGUCUGCGAGCUCUGGACGGCUACGAUCGUCCCCUUGAGAUCAGCCCUAGAGUGCCCAGUAGGAUCUACUAUGGAACAGGCAGCAUGAUUCACCAGUUCACAGCCACUGAUCAGUGGGACAACAUGGUCAAAUGUAGGAUUGAGGUCACCAUAGAAGAUAUAACUCCUCCCCAACUGGUCUGCCCCGAUGACAUUAUUGUUGAGACAUCAGGAGAGUCGGCUAUUGUCAGAUGGGAUGCUCCUGUAACUAGUGACAACAGUGGCAAGACACCCAUGCUGACCAGCUCCCGCACACCAGGCUCACGGUUUUUCAAAGAAAACUCUCCUCAUACCGUCACGUAUUCAGCAAGGGACGAGGCAGGGAACCCAUCCACGUGUUCAUUUGUUGUUGCUGUUCAAGGUCCUAAGUGCCCAGCCUUGGAAGUGCCCAGAAAUGGCCGCCUGGACUGUAAGGAGGGCGAUCGGGAGCGUGGACCGUGCACCGUUGUGUGUAACCGUGGUUACCAGCUGCUGUCAGGGCCUGCCACAAGUUACUGCCUGGGCAGUGUGUGGAGCAGCAUCAUCACAACAUACUCCUGUGUCCGUGCCUCAGCCCCCAGAAGGCAGAGAAGGAGCGUCAACAUGAGGUUCUCUGGAUACUGCAGCAGUGAACAGUCCUUCCAGGAUGACUUCCGCAACGGCUUGUACCGCAGCUUCCAGAACAACGGUCUGUGUACGUCCGGCCAAACAGAUGCAGUAGGACUCUGCAACAGGGACAACUACAAUGUUCAGUGUGGUCUGGAGAAACGGUCUGUGUUUGGGAGGCACAAGAGAUCGGGUGAUGGCGUGUCUGUUGAAAUCCCGCUGGAGAUCCAGCCGGAUCAGUCUGGGGAUGCUGUGGCCAACGUGGACGAGGGAGAUGAGGUGCUGGAUAAAGCAGUGGAACAGGUUGAACGGCUCACGGACUCGGGUGUGACGGUACAGGCGCGCGGAGAGACGUACGUCAGCACAAGUGAUUCAUUUACUGCCUCAGCAAUUACAUACGAGUGUGACCAAGGCAUGGUUGAGGUCAACAAAGUUUGUGUUACCUGUCCUGCCGGAACUUUCCACGAUGGAGACAAGUGUACGUACUGUGUUCAGAGCUUCUACCAGCCUGAGGAAGGACAGCUCAGCUGCAAGGCAUGUCCGGAAGGAACCAUGACAGAGCUGCCUGGAGCCUACAGUGAAGACCAAUGCAUAGUUCCACCAGAGCCACGGUCAUCAGCUGGUCUCCCCAUCGCCAUCAUAGCGGGGGCAGCCGGCGGAGGUGCUCUCCUGAUCAUCAUCAUCAUCGCCAUCGUCUGCUGUGCUCGUCGUGCCAUCAGGGAGAAGGAGAAUGAGAAUCCGAACAAGAAGAACAAGAACGUUCAACAAUUUGGCAACAGAGUUUACGAGCAGCCUAGAGGGGGGUCUGUUCCACAGGAAAAUGUGUAUGCUGAGAUACCGGAGUAUGGCUUCAAGGGAGAUGUUUCUGCUGCCCCACCCCUGCCCGCACAGCGCAAGAGUGGCCCACCUGGUGAGGACACCUACCAGGGGUUACAAAAAACACAGGACCCCCCAUACCAGGGCCUACAGCACCCCAGGCAAAAUAUGAAAGUCACCACUAUUGCAUAAACAAGGCUAUAUCUAGCCUAUGUAGUGUGUCACUACAGAUUAUACUUUUAAAUCAUCCUAGGGCAGUGCAUUUGAAAGGGGACAGUUGGAACAACUUUGUAACGUACUCCGGCAUCUCAGCUACAGUUUGAUAAAUUGACAGCUUAAGAUGAACCUAUAGCAUGGUUUGUAAAACAGAUCACAUCUAAAAUUCAUAUAGAGUAUUAUUCUGAGCACACACUGAAUCAUUUCAAUCACUUGAUAUGUAGUGUCCUCUUUAUGACUAUGAGCAGUCAAAGUGGCAACAAGUUGAGUUGUAUGGAAUUCUUUUACCUUUGUGAAAAACCGGGUUUUUGGCAACAUAUUCAAGACAAUCAUUACUGUCAUUAUUUUCAUUAUGUACACAUGUACAUAAUGAUGCAUGGUCUGCUUUGAUUUUUACUUUUCUAUGUCUAUUAUUUUUCAAAUUCUCUGCAGGGUGGAGGCUUAUGUAUUUGUAUAUGGGAACUAUGACUAUUUUGGGU